AUGGCAGCUGGCGCCUUGCACAGAUCCAUUAGGACCAUUCAGCUCCAUGGUGGUAGCAAUGAUUCUGCCUCUACUAAGGAAUUUGGGAAUUCCUCAUUGAAAUUUAUCUCAAAGGGUUUUACAGUAGAUGUAAAGUUUCUCAGCGACAGGAGUCACAGUUUUAGCCACUGCAAAAUGCAUGUUAUUCGUGCAAUUUCUUCUCAUGCAUCAGUGGUGGAUCCAAUCUUGUCUACUUCACACGUGACCACCAAUUUCAAUCAGAACACAUCAAUCGAAUCUUCCUUGAUAUUGAUCCGGCAUGGUGAAUCUAUGUGGAACGAGAAGAAUUUGUUCACUGGUUCUGUUGAUGUGCCUUUAACCAAGAGAGGCAUAGAGGAAGCCAUUGAGGCUGGUAAGCGAAUUAGCAGCAUACCAGUGAACAUGAUUUACACAUCUGCGUUGAUUCGUGCACAGAUGACAGCUAUGCUAGCCAUGACUCAACAUCGUCAGAAGAAGAUACCCAUUAUUAUGCAUGAUGAGAGUAUACAAGCAAAAGAAUGGAGUCAAAUUUUCAGUGAAGAAACAAUUCAGCAAUCUAUUCCAGUCAUAACUGCUUGGCAAUUGAAUGAAAGAAUGUAUGGGAAGUUGCAGGGUCUUAAUAAGGAGGAGACGGUUGUAAAAUAUGGAAAGGAGAAAGUGCAUGAGUGGCGUCGAAGUUUUGAUAGUCCUCCCCCAAAUGGUGAGAGCUUGGAAAUGUGUUCUCAAAGAGCUGUUGCCUAUUUUAAAGAAAAUAUUGAACCCCAGCUUCAGAAUGGAAGGAACAUAAUGGUUGCUGCCCACGGGAAUUCUCUGAGGUCCAUCAUUAUGUAUCUUGAGAAAUUAACUUCUCAGGAGGUUACGAAUUUGGAAUUAUCUACUGGGGUUCCAUUACUUUACAUAUACAAGCAUGGGGAAUUUUUGAAGAGGGGCAGUCCUGUUGGACCUACAGAGUAUGGAGUUUAUGCUUAUACCAGGAACUUAGCUCUUUACAGGCAAAAAUUGGAUGAGAUGGUGCAAUAAUCAAUUCAAAAACCUGGGAAUAUAUAUAUAUUAUAAUUUUCCUGGAGAUUUCAUAAAGCACUUGAAACUUGCUGACACUUGAAGAGUACAGUUCUUCACUGAUUCUACAUUGCGCACAUGUGGCUACUACUUUUUCAGUCAAACCACAGUGGUCGUCAAAAUGCUAGAGAGUAGUAAGGUAGUUGAUGGCACAAUAUUAAAAGAUUUGGGAAUCUUUUUGUACCUGUUCAGGUUGCAAAUCUUCUGCUAUUAUAAAGUGAGAUUCAAAGAAAUAAAGCUAACAAAGAAACUAUGGUCUUACAAUUAUUAGUUUCUUAUAAAAUGCUGAUGAUUGUCGAUGGUUGCUAUUAGAUCACCUUUCCCACAAGGAUGAUGGGAAAUCGACGCAAUGUAUUCAACUUUAACUUUGAUAAUAGAAUCAUCUUCUGUUGAGGGCAUGGCAACCAAGAUGCCGCCACGCUUGGUCAAA